UUUCAUUGGAUGUGUGUUGCAGCGGCUGGUGAUUCCGGGUGCCGGUGAAGAUGGUAUCUCGACAGUUGAGUACUUCCAGCACUUUCUGCUUUUGGGUAGGGAUGAAGUGACAAGGAUUACAGUUCAAUACAUCAGCCAGCUUACAUUCAUAGAAGAGAAGCUGCAACAGAGUUGCUUGAUUUUCAACUAUACAGGCCUCUGAUAGCCACAGAUAUAGCAGUGAACUUGCUUACAAUAAGCGGUCAACCAGUUGGAAGUUUUAGUAGAAAAGAUGAAAUUAAUCCUCUCCAGCGUGGUGAAUGGAUGCCGUCACGGCAAAUUGAUUGAAGUAGGACGGAAAGGCAGUAAAAGCCUCGAUAUUCCUGGUUGCCUGCUUUAUACCCGGACAGGCACUGCUCCACAUCUAACUCAUGACACACUCAGCCUCAUAGAAGGAGUUCCUGAACCUGUGCAUCUGACAUUAUCAACGCUUGCUGAGCAUCACGAAGUUCUGGAAGAAUAUAAAGAAGGCAUUGGAAAAUUCAUAGGCAUGCCAGACUCGCUUAUUUACUGUGCUCAGAAUGACCCAGCUAGUCCAUGUCCAUCAGGAUACAACACAAACAAAACUGUUUCCGUGUGGGGCGGAGGUGGUCGAAUUGAGCUAACUUUGACAAAAUUCAUGGCAAUACAACAAUCCUUCAAACCUGACUGGUACCAUUGCAUGGCAGAUGGAGAGCCUCUUCCUCCAGGAUCUUCAAGGAAGAGGAUAAAUAAAUCAGUGGACCGAACUCUGGGCUUUCUGGAUGAAUGUCUCAAGGUGCAUCAGAAUUCGGAGGUGCUGAAGGACGCUGAAAUUAUUGGAGUCAUAGAAGGAGGAGGCAUACUGGAGGAGAGGCUGAGGUCAGCCAGGGAGACCAUGAAGCGGCCAGUCGGAGGGUUCUUAUUGGAUGGUUUGCAGGGAGAGAGCAUGACUGAUGAUCUGAAACUGGAUUUAAUCUCCUCAGUCACAGGAGAGCUGCCUGUAGACAAACCAAGGUUGAUUCAUGGAAUUGGAAAGCCAGAUGAAGUGUUGGAGUGUGUAUCGAGAGGAGUGGACUUGUUUGAGGGUUUCUUUCCCUAUCAAGUGACUGAGCAAGGAAAAGCUCUGUCCUUCAAUUUUAAAUACAAGGUGGAUCCAGAGGCAGAAGAAGAAAAGAGUCUUGCAGUGCCCUUGCACCAGAUACAAGGCCAGCAGCUUUCAUCCACAUGUACCAGUGAGACCCAUGAACAAUGUGAGAAGAAUCAUAUUUUCGCAAUGCUGCACAGGAAUGGUUCUGGAGAUAAUGAUAUCAGCAGUAAGACCUCCGACAGUGACGGAAAAGUGAAGGCUUUUUCGAUUGAUCUGAAAGAUGAACAGUUCCGAGAUGACUUCAGCCCUUUGGUGGAGGGUUGUCCGUGCUAUUGUUGCAAGAAUCACACGCGCGCCUACCUCUACCAUCUUCUACUGACUAAUGAGCUGUUGGCUGGAGUCCUUCUCAUGAUCCACAACCUUCACCACUACUUUGCAUUCUUCCAGUCUAUCCGUGAUGCUCUGAAAGAUGGCCACUUGAAAGACCUUAAAGAGCUCAUUGCAAAACAGAAAGUAUGACAGAAACAGUUGAUAGGACACAUGAUGGGUAUCCACCUGUAAGGUUUCUGGGCAGGCAUGGUGGCUGCAGCAAGUCAACUUGGAUCUACUCACAAUGUGAGUUUAUUAUUCCAACAUUUCAUUUUCUUAUGAUUAGAUCCUCAUAGCAUUCAGACUUGAGAUUUACUCUACGGUGUUAUGUAUCAUUAAUGUGACUAGGAACUGAAAAUAAGGUUUGAAAUCUGGGUGCUUUGGUUAAUUUAUGUUUUUCAUCUACUUUUUUAAAGAAACAAAUGCGUCUAUUAAAAAACAAUCUGAAAGCAUUGCACAAAUACAUUUGAUGUGAAGGGUUAGCUCUGAGAUGGCUCCGUCACUGUGGACUAAUUAACUCAUGAGACUUGCCGUGAUAGAUGAAUUUACUAAUUUCAUUCCAUAUAGUUUUUAAGACUCCCAUCUAAUUAUGAGAGAGGUACAUAGAAAAUACAGAAAUGAAUAGUUUUGAACUCAAGCUACUUUUUAAAAACUGAAUAUAGAAGGUAAGUAGCAGUAGCCCUCGGUACCUUAUUUUUAAUUGUAAUUGAUAAUGAAAAGUAAUUAAAAGAUUCACUCAGUGCCUGGAUAACUCCGUGGGUCAGGCAACAUGGAUAGGCAACUUUUUUGUUUGAUGAAGGGUCUGAAGAAGGGUGUCGACCCAAAACGUCACCCAUUCCUUCUCUCCAGAGAUCCUGCUUGUCCCACUGAGUUACUCCAGCUUUUUGUGUCUACGGUUUAAAAUCAGAGGCAGGAUCAGCUUGUGUAGCAUCUGACAAGCAAAUGUAGCAAUCGGUGAGCAGCCUUCCCGACCAAAGUAGGCGAAUGGAUGCUUUAAGCGAAUUAAGGUCCAAUUCUGGCUGCAGGAAUCCAAGAUAUGUUGGUGCCUGACGUACUUUAGAUCUGACGCAGCAUAACCAACUAAUUUUAUACGGUUUAUUAAAACUCAAGAAGCACACACAAAGCAGUUAAGGUUGACUUUGCAAGACAGAAGGGCUAGAUUACUAUCCAUGGAUACACACACUUACUGUAGCCCUAGGAUUGUUCCCAUGGCUUCUGUUGUAUGUAAGAUUUUGGGUAAGAAUUUUGAGCAGAAGUUGGAAUUCGCAUUCCAUCAAUUUUUAAUGCCAGUGUUUACUCAAGUCUUUUAAUAGUGUUAAUUCAGAGCAUUACUGGGUUAUUUAUUCCACAAUCAUUAACAGUGAGUUAUUUAUGAGGUUAUCAUUACAAAAAUUUAAAAGGUUGUAUUACACUUCAGCCUUUUGCUUUUUAAAUUAAGUCUGUGAUAACCAACAAAUGUCCAUUUUAUUUAAUGCAUUAAAAUUGCACCCGCGUCUGCAACGUUUAUGCAACUUUAUUUGUAAUGCAAAGGUACUUGAAAAAUGUACAAGUGUUAAAUUUUAUUAAAACAUGUUUCCAUUAUC